GCUAUCGGGAUGCUCUCUCUCCUCACCUUUUUGGGCCUCGAACAGAUGCUGGGACGCCUGAGGGCCGCGGUGCUGACCUACUUCCUCUGGAUGCAUCUAUCAGCGGCGGAACUCUUCUUCACAGCUCCACCAGAAGAUCUCGUGGGUUUGCCAGAUGGGCCGCUUGUGCUACCUUGCCCAGCCUACAGCCCUAACCAGAAGGGGGCACACACGGUGCACUGGGAGCGUGGCUCUGGAACUCCCCUCCCAGGUCCUGAAGAACGGAUUCACCAGCUGUCCAAUGGAUCACUUUUCUUUUCCCACCUGUGGGAGGAAGACUUUGGGAUCUACUUAUGCCAUGUCCAGGAUGGUACUGACCGGAUCAGAGCUACUGUCAGGGUGAAAAAGGCGGGUAUGGAGGCUGUCUUCUUUAGCCCCAAGUCGCAACUAGUGCCUGAGGGUGACAGUGUGUUCCUGCAAUGCAUCUCGGGGGACAGCCGGCCCCCUGCCCACAUCACCUGGGAGAAGGAUGGUUCACCACUAACCAAGGGGACUCAGAUACAGGGUGAAUAUGGAGGGGGCAGUCAUCUAAAGACAACAGGCACAUUAUACCUUGCAGAUGUAUCCAAGGAUGAUGAGGGGGAGUAUAUCUGUGUUACCCACAAUCCUUUGCUAAGUAUACGAUUGCAGAGUGCUGCGGCAACAGUGACAGUGCAAGGGCGCCAUGCUACCCCAAAGAUCAUCAAAGGUCCAGAAAACAUCACUGUUGCUAUGGACACAGAAGCGUCUCUGCACUGUGACAUCCAGGGCUUUCCCCUACCCAUGGUGCACUGGUUCAAGAACAGCGUACCCUUGCAGAAUGACUCUCGCCGGAGGCUCAGUAACAACGGUCAGCUGCUUGUCUUCAGCAAAGUGUCUGAGGAAGAUGAGGGCUUCUACCACUGUGAAGCGCGAGGUCUGAAGACCUCAGUGAGGUCACAGCCAGCCUAUCUCCAGACAGCAGAAAUGGAGUGGAGCUUCAUGCAGCAGCCCGUUAACACGACGGCACAGGCGGGAAACUCGGUUACGCUCACCUGCAGACCUCCACGCAGCAGGCCCCCGGCACGCGUCACCUGGUUUAAAAAUGGUCGUCCGCUCACCCACAAGCCGCACUUCAGCCAGCUGCCCAGCGGAGACCUGCUCUUCCACAGGUUACAGGAGGCCGACAGAGGAUCCUACUUCUGCCGAGCUUCCAACAGCCUCCUACCCAGAGCUGUGUCCUCGAGGAAGGCUUAUCUGAACGUGCAGGCCUCACCCUCCGUGACGCUGUGGCCCAAGUUGGUGACUACAGUGCUGGGUUCCAGAGUGACGCUCCACUGCCAAGUGUCCGGAUAUCCACUGCCCAGGAUCACGUGGUCAAAGCAGGGUCGGUCGGUGCAAACGGGUGGGAGAGUCACUCUCGGGAUAAACAAUGCCACGCUGUACUUUUCUUCGGUGAAAGCGUUUGACGAAGGUUCCUAUACGUGUCACGCUACAAACACCGUGGGCCGGGCUCAGGGCACAGCCUCUGUGCGUGUAGCAGUCUCCCCAGUCAUCAUUUCCUUCCUGAGGGAGGUGCGCAGCUCUGUGGGGGUCUCAGUAGUGCUACCAUGCCAGGCUGUGGGGAGCUCGCCCAUCAGGUACACAUGGAACCAAGGGCCAGGCCACACCCCUAUCUCCUCCUCAUCACGCAUCCACGUAGAUGAGGACGGGAUGCUGAAUAUCACCAGGCUAGAGCGGCCCGAUGCGGGGGAGUACCACUGCAUUGCUGAAAAUGUGGCAGGACGGGAUCAGAGAACAGCCAACAUAAUCGUGCUCGCUGAAGAAGAUGCCACUGAGAGAGGCAGAGUGUCUACAGCUACUCUCAAGGGGUGUACACCCUUCCAGAACUUGCUCUCAAAUUAUAAAUGUCAGCAGACCAUAAAUAUCAGCGCUUCAACGGGCAGGACUUUGGCUGACCGUAUGCUGGUGAAUGGAAACCUUUCAGAGGUCACAGCAAGAAACACGAGGGCAGCAGGCAGCAUCAAGAUAGGCAGCAGCUCCAACUCUUCGGAGCCAUCUGGUUUCCGAUCUAGUACGCUUACCCCAGAAGAUAUAGGGAGCGUAGUAAGGCCUGUCGAUAUCACUGAUCACCCUGCACAAGGCUCUGCACCAUCUCCUAGUUCUGUGUGGAUACCUGCUAUACUUUCAGAGAGCACAACAGUACAAGUGACACUGAGGGACGGGCGUGUCCGCUCCACCCCAGUUUCCUCCCCUGGUUCAGAACAAACCCUUGUGUCUGAAAAGACUGGAAGUCAAAUGACUCUAGGGCUGUCUGAAUUGGGUAGAGGCCAUUCUGUAGCAGGCCUGCCCCCUUCCUUUCACCUUCAGCCAGUUGACCUUCAAACUCCUUCCUCUGAGGUGUACUCUCCACCUGCCUUUUUCCACUCAAAGUCGAUUAAGAAUCAAACUCCUCUCACUUACCUCUACUCUUCACCCACUUUCUUUCAUUCAACACUCCCUGAUAAUCAAUCCCCUCCCUCUUACCAAUACUCUCCACCCACCACCUUUCAAUCUCAUUCAACUGAAAAUCAAACUCCUUCCCCUGACUUACAUUCUCCACCUACCACCUUUCAAUCUCAUUCAACCGAAAAUCAAACUGAGAAUCCACUUUCAGUUUCAAUCCCCUGA